AAACAUAAGAUGAAAAAGAAAUCAAAAAAACAUCAUAAGAAAAAGCAUCAUUCUUCAUCUUCAUCUUCCUCCUCACAAUCAUCCAAAUCUCAUUCCAGAUCAAGAUCCCGAUCAGAAUCAAAAUCCAAAUCCAAAUCUGAAAAAUCAAAAUCAAAUAAAUUUAACAAAGAAAAGACAAUUGAUCCUCCAAAUCAAGAUCAGUAUUUAAAUAGAAUAAAUUAGAUUGGUACGACCUUACAAAGUAAAUAAAUUUGCUCUUGGAUCCAUGCUUUUUGAAAAUCGAAGAACAAAUGAUAGAAUGGACAAAAGUGAAGUUUAAACUGCUAAUACCUAAUUAAAGAAAAUAGAUAAAUCAGGAAGAGACGCUGUGCUAUUGUCUGCUGCGAUAAAUACAGUUUAACAGGACAGUAAAAGAGAAGAGUAUAUAGCUUCAUUUGAUUUAGUUACCAAAUUGAAUUAAUAAAUGGGCAGUAUGUAAAGAUACCAAAGCCAUAUAGUUGUGGGUUCAGUAAUUGUUAAAUGAGAUUUGUUACAACAGACGAAUUAACAAAACAUUUAAGAGAACAUGACAGAGUAUAAACAAUGAAAAAUUCCCAAAGAGCUUAAAAGUUUAUGGAAAACUUAUGA